AUGCAAUCGCUGCAGGAGAAAGCAUCUGUAUUGAGCGGCGUGGAUCAGGCUGACGCGUCCGCCAUCAACGACUCCAAUCUGUUCGAGAAACUCGGUCUUCAGAGCUUCAUCAACCUCUCCACCAAUUUCUACACCAGGGUAUAUGAUGACGAGGAAGAAUGGUUUCGAGCCAUAUUUUCCAGCUCAAAGAAAGAAGAUGCCAUCCAGAACCAGUAUGAGUUCUUCGUCCAGCGUAUGGGAGGGCCUCCUCUCUAUUCUCAAAGGAAAGGCCAUCCUGCUUUGAUCGGUCGUCACCGUCCAUUUCCAGUGACCCAUGAGGCUGCUGAGAGAUGGCUGCAACACAUGCAACAUGCUCUUGACGAUUCGCUUGACAUUGACCAGGAUUCUAAACUCAAAAUGAUGAAUUUCUUCAGGCACACAGCGUUCUUCCUUGUGGCUGGAAACGAUUUGAAGAAUCAGAACCAGAACCAAGACAAACAUGUUGGGUGUGUUGCGUGUAAACACGGUGCCAAAAAACCAGCUGAGGAAUAA